CUUCCGCUUCUGAGCCCUCAGGCACGCGGCGCCGAGUUUGUUUACGAACACGUCAUCAGGAAGUGUUCACUGGAGUCCGAAAUGAUUGGGCAGUACGAAGACGACGUCCCACUGUUCGAUGAAGAUGAUGAAACCAGAAAACAGAGGAGUUCAAAGAUAAAGCACCCGCUGGCCUCCUUCUUCCAUCUGUUCUUCCGUGCGAGUGCCAUUCUGGUCUACCUCCUGUGUGAGGUCGUGAGCGGCAGCUUCAUUGCCUACAUGGUCACCAUCAUCCUCCUGCUCUCCUGUGACUUUUGGACAGUAAAGAACAUCACAGGCAGGCUGAUGGUGGGACUGCGGUGGUGGAACCAGGUGGAUGACGAUGGGAGGAGUCACUGGGUGUUUGAGGCCCGUAAGGAGACUGGGAGGAAGGUGCCCUCAAGUGCUGAGUCUCGUAUCUUCUGGCUGGGCCUCAUCGUCUGCCCCAUCCUCUGGGUCUUCUUUGUGUUCAGCACGCUCUUUUCCCUUAAGAUUAAGUGGCUGGCAGUGGUGAUCAUGGGUUUGGUGCUGCAGUGGGCUAACCUGUACGGAUACGUCCGCUGUAAAGUGGGCGGCGGGACUAAUCUGAAGAACAUGGCAACCAGCUACUUUGGUCGACAGUUCUUUAAGCAGGCAAUGAAUAAACAAGAAGAGUUAUAGAGAGACCAAGCUCAACUGGACAUGUUUGCAUCACUGCGAAUUUUCACUGCAAAGUAUUGGUGAAAAUACCUUCUCCUUAAAGGAUCUCUUUCUUAACCUACUGUAACACCAUGGCAAUGAAAACAACUCAGUUUUAUCUUGAGAAGCUCCUCGCUCUACAGAUGUAUUCUACUGGAUGAUAUGUGGUACAUUUAUUGGACUUUGAUCCCGGUGAGGUUUGGUGUUCAUUUCUGUUGAAUACAUGAAGUUGUUUAAUAUAUUAUUGUACAUGACAUGUCUGUACAGUACCUUUCUGGUGUCCAGGGAAGAAAAUACAUUUAUAAAUUUGUAUGUAAACAGAUGUAUACUCCUUUUUUCUUUUAAUAAAAUGAUAUGGAGGAAA